AAAGAAAGAAAAUAAGAAACGCAGCUAAGAGGAUUCCUGUGGUGUGAAACAGUGACAGCAUUAAACACCUGGACAGCCUAACAGAGCGGUUCACACAAAGCAGGUGAGGCAACGAGAACUGGCACAGGUAGCGAGACAGCAUUAGCUGCAGAUUGCUCAGAGCAAGGGAUUUAAGGUACCUGAGUCUCUGACUGUCACAACAGUAGAAUGAGCUUCAAUAUAAUCAUUCACAUUAUAGCAGGGUCUCCAAAUCUAUCAUGGUUUCUUGGACACAUCACUUUAACAUAUGAAUUGGUAUGUAGUAUUCAUAUCCUGCAGGUAGAACAUUAAGCAAUCCAUGAAGAAUUCUGCAGCAUCUGAAUUCUACACACUGCAAAGAGCCCUUUUCAUGCAGUGCCCAUCAAGAAGUAAAGUGCUUCCAGGAAAACCAUGUGUUUAAAUUUAAGGGCAAUAGUCAUUAAAGCCACACUAUACUGUUGCCGCAUUGCAAAGAGUGAAGCGCCUCCACGAUAGUGCUGUUUAUAAGACUGUAAGUGCUUUUGCGCAGGGUCCUCAUCACGCUAUUGUUCCUGUAACAUUUUGUAAUAGUGUCAUUUAUUGUUACAUCCCCCUUUAUAAUAUUGUAAAGUGCUGCAGAAUAAGUUGGCGCUAUGUAAAUGCCAAUAAUAAUAGUAAUAAUAAUAAUAAUGUCAGGCAUCAUUACAGUGUGUGGUAGUUGAAGCUUUAAUGAUGUGGCUAUAUAUAAUUUCUUCAUGUUGAUGGGCAGCACAUGAAAUAUAUUGCUCUGCCAUAGGAAACAUUUACAUGGUGCAUUAUCCUCAUUGAUUUGCAGCAUUUUAAUUAUACUUAGUACAGUGUAGUACUUUUCAUGUGCUGCCCAUCAUAAUCUAUUAAUGAUUUAUAACUAUAGUAUUUUUGGAAAGCAGCUGUUUUUGUGUAAAAUUUACAUUUUUUUCUAUAAUUCGAAAUGUGGGUCCAGCAGUAUAUCUCUAUGUAGCAUAAGUUGCAUGUUGUUGCAGUGGGAUUAGGGGAGUUUAGGGUAAAUGGGUAUUAAAUCAGCUUUAUUUUAAAUGUACGUCAUAUAGAGAAAUCAAGUGUUCUCCGACGGGUUUGAGCAGAACUUAUUUCACAGACAGUUGCUUACUGAGAGAUUAUAACUUACUAAGAAUUAUUAAAAGUAUCAACAAAUGGGGAUGUUGGGAAUCAACAAGUCUUUCAGGAUAAUUUACUAAAUUGCUGUAAAUUCAAGCAGCAGAAUGAAUUUCAAAUUUAAGGUCAAAAUAGCUGAAAAGGAAAACAUUUCUAAGUCCGUUAUGCUUUCUUUGAAAAUCCACUUUGAAUUCUUGCUUUAGUAAAUAUCUCUAAAAGUGAAUUUCAAAUGUAAUGCAAAAUAGCCUAACAGAAGUGACUUGGAUAUUUUUUUUUCUAAGUUGGCCUAAAUCUUGAAAUUCACUUUGAAUCCCCAGCAAUUCUUACUUUAGUGAAUAACUCUGAAAUACUUGACGAUUCACAUCGUCUCCAUUUGUUCAUGUGGAAAACUACCAGCUAAGUCCACGCGAUUUAAAUGACUCUGUGAACUUCCUGUACAAACAAAGCUAAAUCUACAGUGCGUGAUGCCAGUUCUACUUGAGAGUGAUUUCCUUAAAAAUCCACCCUUAAAUGAAUUGUUCAGUGCAUUCAUAGUUCGAACAUCGUGACCGAAGAGACAGGGAACUCAUGACAAAAUAAUGGAUCUUCUACGGAGCAAUAGUGUUGAAUAUUUAUUCAGCUUUAUAUUAGUAGUGUUGAAAAAGCAUGAAAAUGCUUGAAUAAUUUAAUAAUAAAAUUCUUUAUAUCUUUGCAAUUGUUUUGUUUAACACUAAACAAGUAGCUGUACAUUUUUCAAAUUGAGAUGGAAAUGUUUUUUAACCUAGCAAACUAGCUAUUACUUUUUUGUAUUUCUAUGAAAACAUAAACCUACAUUAGAAGUGUCAGACAGGGCAUUUAACCCUUUCUGUGUGCCUGCGCAUUGCUGAGUUGGGCCGGCAUAUGGCACUCAAAAGGUUAACGCAAAUGAAUUCACAUUUCCUAUGAUCCUUCAUUGAAAAACAAACUGUGUCGGUGAGCAGUAUUCAAACUAUUUGGGGAGCGAGCCAGCUGUGAUUCACUUGUGACGAGGUGGAAUUAGUUCUAAAUGGCAUUUUCAAGGGUGCCUUCUUACUAGGCAGUUAUGAAAACUACAUUAACUUAUAUAUUAUAGACGCAAACUUGGCAGAAUUCAUGGCACAGAAAUGGCUAUAGCACAGCGCCGUAAACAUGGUGAACGGACAUAGGAAAUAAUAUAAAUUUUUAUUAUUACUCCCCAACCACUGGAUAAACUUGUCCCUUGUGAUAACGUGAAAAAUAUUGUUAGUUUGUUUUUGCCUCAAAUUAAAAUGCCCGAUCUCAUAAUAAUGGUAUCAUGAUGCAUACACAGAAGGGUAUUAGGAUAGACGUACAGGUGUACAGGUGUGCUGCAGGUGCCCCAACAAAAAGAAGGAAAACGGGUAUCAUAUUCCACAAAAAGAUCUGAAAGCUCUGCUUUGACAUGAAAUGACAGCGGUUAGUUUGUUUCUUGAAGCAUAAUGUAUCUAAUUGAUAAUUUAUUAAAGUAGGAAAUCUCUCACACAACAUAGAGGAAAUUGCACAAUAUUCCCGAGAGGUAGAUUCAAGAAACUAUGCUUUAAUAAUGACCGUGUUGGCAAACACAUUAGAGGAAUAUAGGCCUGCUAAUGAAGGAUAUAAUUCCACUUAACCAUCUCACUCUGUAUAAAUUUCAUUCUCACCUUUGCAGUCCCCCACCUCCUGUUUCUCACGCUUCCUAUCCAUCUAGAUAAUAAAUUCCCACGGGAUUAGGGCCCUCAAUUUUACUGUUUGUUUGUCAAUUUUGUAUUGUCUCAUGCGUAUUGUACCUUUGUAUUUUUACUUGUACCAUUGUGCCCAUGUACAGCGCUCCAGAAUGUGUUGGCACUUUAUAAAUAAAACAGUAUAAUCUAUACCAUUGAUUUCUUAGUGAUUGCACUUGAAGGGACACUCCAUGGAUUCUUACUUCAGUCUCAUAGAUCGAGGGUAAAACAGCAAAUUCUCCCGAUAAAUUAGGAAAACUAAAGUUUUUCUAAAUUUUACCCAUGCUAUGUGAUAGUGUGGGAAAGUCUAAAUAUAGCAGGCUUUCCCCGCUAUCAUAUCUUAUUCUGAGGCAUUAAAUUAACCCAUUAAGAUGGCUUAUUUUUAUUGAGGCACAUUUUUUUUUUUUUUUACUGUGUGUUUUUUUUUGUUUUUUUUGCAAUAAGGCCUUUUUGUAUUUUAUUUUAAUUAGUGGCGUUGGUUAUUAUGAAUUUUAAUUUGGCCUUUAUUAAGGCUGAAGAAUUAGAAGAAAGAAAACUUCUGAUGGUUAGUAUAAUUCUUUUUGUUUUGUUUGGUUUUUACAGGUUUUAGGUUUAUCGUCUAAUAAUAAUUGCUAAUUAUAGUGAGUGUGGGUAGGCAGGGACGUUAAUUUAUUGGGUGACUAGGUGUCCCCAAUACCCUAGCCAAUCCACUAAAUUAAAUCAAAGUCACAUUGUUAUCACAUGGGUGGACAAUGAAAUGUUCAGCCCUCCUAUUUUAUAAUUAAUUAGGGUCCCCUUUUCAUCACCCAUAAAGGAGGUCUUUGGUGGACAGUAAGUCCCUCACUUUGUUAUUAUUAGGGCCCCCCACCUGUCCACCAUGAGCAGGGGCUGGGUGGGACACUAGGUCCCUCACUUUUUAUUAGUGUUAGGGCCCCAACUAUUGCCCAUGGGUGGUGGCUGGGGAGGACAUUCAGCCCUCGUCCAUCACCCCUGGGUGGGGGCUGAAAGAGACACUAGGUCCCCCACUUUAUUAUUAUUUGGACACCCUCCCGUCACCCACUAGAUCCCCCAUGCAUAUUUAAAGUAGCCCCUUGUUUUUUGUUUUUUUUUUAAUUCUUUAUUUUUCGCUCUGCCAGUCAAGCAUGGUUACAAUAGUGCAAACAGAGGUGGAUACAUGACCGUACAAGUUUUGUUGGUUUGUAGUACAGAAUACAGGGUAACAUAGUUAGUACAGGCAUUGGCCACAACCUGUGCACCUUAGGUGCGUCUCCGCCAGAGUUUUUCGUUUGUGUUGGUAAGCAGAUAAAGAGAGAUGAAAAGAAAGAAAAGAAAAGAAAGAAAUAACUAUGUACAAUGGUAGAAUUAUUGAGGAGUGUGCUGUGCCAUGAAUUCUCGGGAUGGCUGUGAUGAGUGUGUUGCGUUGUCUUGGCCUAGGCGUAUGUGUGAGGUAUCCUGAGCUUGCCCAGGUAGGUCAGGCAUUGUGCCCUCCCCGUGUGCCCUGUCCCUGCCGCCCCCUGUGUGCUGUCAUUCCGCUAUGCAUGUAAUCAGGCAGGGUCUGACAGUGUUGGAGCUUUUCUCUCCUCCUGUUUGUUUACAUGGUCUGGUGUGUUUACAAGAGAUAAAAGCAUAUAAAGAAAGGAUAGAUAGAUAUAGACAAGUAGAGAUUUCAGUGUGUUAAAUUACGAAAAGGAGGUGAUCUCCUGGGAACCGUGAACCCUGUGCCGCCCGCCCCAGUGGGCCGCGGCCCUCGUUCCGGCUUUAACCAGAUACCCGUCCUGCAGUAGAGCCGCUUCCACCCGUCCGGGUUAUGGAAUGAUGGUGACCGCUGAGUGAGCCCCAGUUGUCGCUACUGAAUUGUGCCGCACGGAUGCCGCCCCGCGCCCCAGACCAUGAGUCUAUGUGUCGUAUUGCUCCCAUGGACCCCACACCUUGUGAAAUGUGGUCAACGUGUUCCGCACUUGGGCCGUGAGUUUAUCCAUCAGAUAAUUAUCGCGUAGUUUUGUCCUGACCAAGGACAGCUGCGGGAGGUCCGGACAGGACCAGUGUUGUGCCACGGCCCUGCAGGCCGCUAAGUAGAUCAUGAGUUUUUGUUCGUGUCUUGGGAGGCCCUCCGUGGGUCUGGAUAAAAGGCACGCCCAUGGAUCUAGUGUCAUCCGUUUUUGUAAGAUUUGGGAGCUGAAGUUUACUAUGCUGCGCCAGUAGGUCACCACCUUUGGGAAAGUAGCCCCUUGUUUUUUAAAGGCUGCGCAGUAGCUUUUUAAAACAAGGCACCAUUUUAAUGAACACAUACAAAUUAAUACUUAAAAACAGCAUUUAACCUUAUAUUGAUUUUUUACAUGAAUCCCUAAAGUAACACUCAAAGCUAUUCACAAAGUGAGAAUUCCACAUGACUUCAAAGUGUAUUUCAAAUUUCUGGCCCAACUAGUUGAACUUAAAACAUAAUGACUUAGAGAAUGUCUCAUGUUCAGUUAUUAUUUUACCUUGAAUUUGAAAUUUACUUACUCACUUUCGUAAACCUGUCUGACUACAAUUAACCUUAGGGUAUUUUGUUUCCAUGUAGGUCCUCCAUGACUCUAGCCAUGCUUUGGCCUUGUACCUACAUUUCAAUUUUACACUUUACUGUCUUUUCAUAGUCACUCUGACUUGUGUUUGCUUGUUGGCUUUUUCUACAUUGUAACAUACAUAUUUUGAUCAUCUCCUGUAUUAGGUCAAUCAUGUCAGGAAGGUAGCGAGUCCUAUCCUAACACGGAAAUCUUGGCGAGCUUAGAGAAUAAAAUGUAUUACUGGUUCUUAGAGGUGGCUUGGCUUAAGGCAAGAGUGAGAAUGGUCAAAGGAUGAGGAUCAUGAAACAUAGAAAGACAAUGAGACAGUAUUGGAGAGGUGAGGACUAGACAAUGAGGUGGUAUUGGAGAAGUCAGAAUGGGCAGUAGGCAAAGCAAAGUCAAAAUUCCAGAAAGAGCAAAAAAUAUGAUCCCAAAAUAUGAUUGUCCAGAGUUGCCAGAAUGAGGCCGUGCUUGUGUCACUUUUGCAUAUAAAAUUAGCACAGAAGUAGUGGUCCAUGUCACUCUUGAAUCUAAAGACACACGCCAUCACUUUGAACAGAGUAGGUUUGACUUGCAUCAUAACUGACACUGGAAAAGUGGCUUGCAUCAGAAUCAAUGCUGAAAAAAGAGAGUGCAAAAUUGACGCUGGUUUGAGCAGGAACCCUGACAAAUUAUAAAAUAAUUUUCCUGAUGGGCUAUAUGAGACAUAACAUAUGGAAUAAUCUCAGGGAUUAAAUAUUCCCACCCAUAGCUGUGAGAUCAGGUGAAAGGAGAUUAAGAAAAUGAAGUUUGAGGUUUUUAAUCUGGGCAAAUCACAUGUUCUAAGCACUUUGUAAUCAUCUAUUUCUGCAUUAAUUAACAAAAUACAUCAAAUUACAAUUAAUCUAGCUCUUUUUUUAGUUUGCAAUAUUUUAUUCAAAUAUUUUUGUAACUUGCAAAUUUGGUGUUGGAAAUCCAGUUUCAAAGGCUUCAUAAAGCUAUCCAUUUCGAUAUUUUGCUUUAAUACCUUUCUCUAAUGAACCCCCAGGGACUUUCCAUCACCUGUUGCCUGAUGCAAGACCUGCCAUAAUAUACUGUUUGUCUCUAGGUUACUAUUGUAAAAUCAUCAAGGGGGGUGAUUUUUCAUUUAUGGGGUCUUUGUGGCACAGGAAGCAUGGGACCAGUGAAGUUCAGAAAAACACUGUUGUUCCCCUGUGUCUUCAGUUGGUUUCUGAUGUCGUCUGAGAUUACUCCCUAGAUGAAGGCAAUUAAAACUGGCAACUGCUAAUAUAUUUAACACUUUCCCUUCUGGGAUCCUGAAAUUGUUACUGGUGUUUGUUAGUUUAUUUUUCAUAAAAUCACCCAGUUUACUGUUUGUAUAUAUUGUACAUUUCUUGGUUUGCUUUUGUAAUUCCUUAAAUUAAAAAAUGAGAAUUAAGGCAAAUUAUUUAUACAUUUUAUAUAGCAAUGUCUUGUUCACCCCUCUGCCAUUCAAACAAUAAGGGACACGUCUUGUUUUGUUAUUUUAUUAUAUAUACCAAUUGUUUUAGUUUAAAUUACUUCCAUUUGAUGGUUUUACAGUUACACUGCACUUAUAGUUAUCACACUAGUAGAAUACUGUAUAACAGCAGACAGUUGAUUAAAAAUAAAUACACUUUCAGUGGAUCUACAAAAUACAACUAUGGUAGCCAUGACUGUUUAAAACUCUGAGACCCUAAGUCUUCAUGUCUGAUCCCCUUUUUCCAUGUAAUUUUCCUUAUUCUCCCUUUUGUUUCUUGUUUUUUGUUUUUUAAAAGCAACAUUCACUUAUAUCCAAAUUGAAAGUAAAAAUAUAAAAUAGAGGGUGCUCUAUGCUGUGGAUCCCAUGAUUACUAAUGGAUGUGUGCAAGGUCCGCCACAUUCCCACAUUCGUUGUCUAGUGAGGAGUGGAUAAUGUUAUAAAGAAGCAGGUUUCUAUAACCACGCUUCUUUUCCUAUAAACAUGCCACAAACCAUCUAUUAGUAGAGUGCCGAGGGUGUCGGUGGACUGUAAUCACCCUGGCACCCUAAUGCUCAUUUUGUUUUUUUCAUUUUUCCUGUUGCCUGCUGGAUGUUUCUGCAGUUAUUUAUAGUUUGCAUUUGUAUUUUAUUUCACCUGCAAAAAAAAAAAAUGGCACAUUGAAGUGUGUGGAUCUGACUCGGAAUCACCAAGUCAGCAUCUGUUCAGUGUUAUGACUAAUCUAGGUUCUUUCCAGUUUUGCAGCAGUUCAUAGGCACAUUCAUAUUUUCUGAAUAACCUAUGUGUGUAAACACUGUAGACGAAUUGUUGCUUGACACAACAAUGCAUACAUUUCACACCUCAGAAUUUAGAAAAGUUUUUAACAGAAAUUUAGGUCAGUUUUGGAGUUUAUGCAGAAAAAUAUCCAUAUGUGACCCAACAAGUAUUAAAUGGACGAUAAACUACAUUAAACAAGUCCUGACCCUAAACAAACUUUUAUUAGACAAACAUAUAUAUUUAUACAUUGAUUGAAUAAAUUAUAUAUUUUUUUAUCUAGGAAAAAUAUUGACUCAGUCUCAGUACUAUCUUGAUUUGGACAUUUCUGAGCAGGCUUAGGGAAAGCCAGGUGAGGGGUGUCUUAGUGCACAUCUCACAAUAGCAGAUAAUCUGUCAUCUAUGAUUCUGAAAUUGCAAUAGUCAGUACAGUGCAUCUGAAAUGUAUGAAUCUAUCAAUUAAUUGGUGACUUAAAUGAUGUCAGCUGAAAAUGUUGUGUCCAAACAGUAAAUCCAGAAGAGAAGGCUGGAUAUUGGAAAUUUGAAAAUGUGGAUGAAGUUAUUGUCAUUAAAGCCUGGAUUUCUAUGUUGCUUGGUAUUACUAUUAUCUGCUUUCCUGCCAUCCUGACUUUUAAACAUGUACAAAUACUCUAUUAUUUUUGUUUUCUUAAGGUAUUUUUUUUCUUGAAGACGACUAGCUGUACAUCCUGAUGGGCAGAAAAAAAAUACAAAUAGCUCGUAUCCUGGACCAGCGUAACAGACAGGUAUGUGAAGGGGGCAUCCUCAAAAGAGGUCAGCCCUUAUAGCUGCAAUAUUAGGGGAAAUUGAAUACAGAAUGGGCUUAACCCCUUAAGGACCAAACUUCUGGAAUAAAAGGGAAUCAUUGUGACGAAGUGCCCUUCGCCACUUGUGCCUGGAGAGGACUGCUUGCCCGCCUCUUGCCUGUGACUAUGGCCCCUGGGAUGUAUUGCCCUUUAAAGACAUGAUUUGGGCAUAAUGGAUUUGUGUUGUGCUGCUGCUGGCCCUUUAAGAACCAUCUGGGGACAUACUGUGGAGUUACUGGGUGGCCACCAUUUCCUGUAUCAGAAGCACAUGGUGAGAACAAUGGAUGGUGGCCAUUUUAACUCACAGACACUGUUUGGACUUUUCAACACGGUGCCAUCUCGCCAGUAUUUGGUGCACAGAGACAUCGUGCAGUGGUUUUGGACUAUACAGCAGGGGACACAUUAUACAGUGAUUGUUUUUCAUUUAGCCUGUAUAUGUUCUGCAGAAUCUGCAUUAAACUGUAUUUUCCAAAGUACUGAACGGAUCUGGGUGAAUUUUGGAUAUGUGGUUCACCCAGAUCCCCCGGUUCCAAGGAUAUACUUUUUAUGGGGUUAUUGCAUGUUUUGGGGUCCCUGUGUGUUUUAUGAAACUGUAUUAUUUCUGGCCAGCAGAUAAUUGAGCUUUGUGUAUUGUAGAAACUCAAUUAUCUAGCCUGGCCCAGAGGAGGAGUUUUGUGUUGCAUAAAUUGUGAGUUCUGUGUGCCAGUAAAUCAGUCUUGUUCCAGCAUUAAGCCUUGGCUCAUGUUUGGGGGAAGGGAUACCUACACUCUGGGGAUUGCUAUAAUCACUUACUCCCCAGAGGAAGCUCUUGCAAUAGCUUGAUUUGUUCCUGUUCCUGCUCUCUGGGGAAAGAGAGGUUCACCAACUGGAAGCUGGAUCCUGGCCUUGAGUCCAGGGUGGGUGGAAACAGCAGAGACCCCGGCGCAGUUGCAUCGCUGGAAGUGGGGUCUGCAGUGCUGAUGGUGUCGGUUGGGGUGCUUGGAGUCCUCGGCGAGCGCUAGGAGCAUCGAUUGGCGGAGGUACUCAGUCGGAGUGCCAGCGUUCCGUCACAAUCAUGACAUGUCACAUAUGUCAUGUGUCCUUAAGAGGUUAAAGGGACACUAUGGUCACCAAAACAAUGUUACCUUAAUGAAGCCGUUUUGGUGUAUAGAUCAUGUCCCUGCAGUCUCACUGCUCAAUUCUUUGCCAUUUACGAGUUAAAUCACUUUGUUUAUGCAGCCCUAGCCACACCUCCCUGCAUGUGACUUGCACAGCCUUCCUAAAUACUUAUUGUAAAGAGUCAUUUAAUGUUUACACUUACUUUAUUGCAAAUAUUGAAAUUUAAUUUUAUGCAAUUAAAGUUCAAUUUACAGAGAAGGAAAGAAAAACAUUUAAAGUAAACAACAUCUAAAACCAUGUUGUUUUCAUGCAGGCUGUGUCAGUCACAGCCAGGGAAGGUGUUGCUAGGGCUAUAUGGACAGAAAUAAUAGUAUUUAACUCCUAAAUGGCAGAUAAUUGAGCAGUGAAACCUCAAAGGCAUGAACUAUACACUUUCAUUUAUUUAUUUAUUUAUAAAAUAUUUUACCAGGAUGGAUACAUUGAGAUUUCUCUCGUUUUCAAGUAUGUCCUGGGUCCACAAAACAUUGCAUUGUAACAAUAGGAUACAAUAUUAGAAAAAUACAAUAUACACACUAUAGAUAUAUAUACACACAUAUAUACAUUUAAUACAUAACAGGUAAUCAAUAUAUUCAACCAUGACAGGUGCAUUCUGUGCUGAGGUAUAUUACCAUAGAUCUCUUAAAAGAUUUGAAAUUGAAUGAAGAUUUGACUGUGUCCCUAAGGUUAUUCCAUAAUUGCGGUGUUCUGUAGGAAAAGUAGGAUCGAGCCACUUUAUUUUUUAUUUUUUUAAUUCUUUAUUUAGGUUGUGCAUGAAAUAACAUUCAGGUUUGCACUACCACAACGGUUGAUGCAAAUGGAGCAUUAAACAGAUGAGUAUACAGAUGUGAUUUCAGAUACUAGGCACAUAUUUUGUUAUAAUAAAGAAAAUACUGAACUAUAUGUUCUGGUCUAGACAAGCAAUGUCAUACAUUUUUACAUGAGAGUGACUAGCUAGAAUGCUGGUAGAGAACAUUUGAGGAUACAUUUUGUGCGUGGGUACGCUAACCUAUGUAUGUAUAUACAUGCAGGUAAUGUGAAGGCAUUACUGAGCCACUUUAUUUUUGUAUUGUGUUAUGCUAAAUAUCGUGCUAGUACUGGAUCGGAGGUUAUAGGAGGUGGGAACAGCCAGUGAGAGCAUUCUACUCAGGUGGGGGGGAGGAAGCUUCCCAUAAAUGCUCUUAUGCACACGGCUGGAAAGAUGAAGAGUGCGUCGGGAUUCCAGCGACAGCCAGUUUAGCUCUUUUAACAUGUCACAGUAGUGGGUAAAGUAAUUACAUUCUAGUAAAAAGCGGCAGAAUGAAUUAUAUAACGUAUUAAGUUUAUUAAGGUGGGUUUGCGGUGCGGGUGCAUACUCUACAUCCCCUUAAUCAAUGACCAGCAUUAGCAUUUGUUGCACUAUCUGUUUCCUUACUGUAGGGCUUAGGCAGGAUUUGUUUCUGUACAGGGCACCUAGUUUUGGGUAAAGUUUUGAAGAGAUUUUUUCAAUGUGAAGGCCAAAGGAUAGAUUGGGGUCUAGCAAGAUACCUAGAUAUUUAAAAGAGCAGACUGCUGUCAGUGUGCUAUUUGAAUUUGUUCUGAUACACAGUUGUUGAUUUUGUAGUUUACGUAAUUUAGGUACAGUUCCAAAGAUCUUUGUAACAGUUUUGUCGGUGUUUAUAAAGAGUUUGUUAUCCGAUAUCCACUUUUCUACCUCUGUGAAUUGGCUAAAGUUGUUUUGGUGACUACAGUGUCCCUUUAAUGCAUGGUGCAGUCUAGUAGAUUUCCCAACUCAGACCUCUCUUAGUUGAUAUUACCCUUCCCACCCCAAACUUCACAUUCAGCAGUGGUUUGGGGAGAGGGGGAGGGGGAGUGUGGGUAAACAUAUAUACAAGUGGGUUGUAGUGUAUUGUAUUAAGGCUACCGCCAGUAGCCAGCGUCUAUCUGAUGAGAGGUGUCGUUUUCGUUAUUAGCUUUACAGCUCUGAGUGUGUAUAUAGAGGGGUGGAGUGCCGAUGAGGGACCCUUUUUUUAACAAAUUUUUUCUUUUUUUUCUUUCUGCGCCCAGCAUCACCCAGGCAUAAUGUGUAGUGUGCGGUGUGGUACUCCGUUAAACUCUUUGUGUCGCCGUUUCACUGUUGUUGGGGUGUCGGACAUAUGAACAAUCGUGUGUCCUCAAUCUCAUGUUAGCUCUACAUGUCACUCGCUGUCGGUUUCCCCACUGUUAGCCAGUAUGUUUCCAAUAUCUGUCCUGUCAUCUCUGUCGCUCCUCCCUUUCUAAUCUGUUGGUUUGCCAUUAGCUCAUAGUCCCAGUUCGUUUGGUUUUGCUGCACUAACAUGCGUUUAGAGGGAGUUUCUUGUGUUUUCCAUGCUCUGGCAAUGAGGGUGCAUGCAGCUAUUAAUGUAUGGAACAGUAGUUUAGCAUGGACCUUCCCCAGAUUCUCAGGCCAUAUAUACAGGAGACACACCUCAGGUGUCAACUCUAGGGACAUAGGUAGUAAGUGGGUAAGAAUUUCACUCACCAUUGUCCAGCACGGGCAGGUAAGUUUGCAUGUCCACCAUAUAGAAACAUAGAAUGUGACGGCAGAUAAGAACCAUUCCGCCCAUCUAGUCUGCCCAAUUUUUUAAAUACUUUCAUUAUUCCCUGGCCUUAUCUUAUAGUUAGGAUAGCCUUAUGCAUAUCCCACGUAUGCUUAAACUCCUUUACUGUGUUAACCUCUACCAUAUAUAUGUGGUACAUUGAGCCUAUUUCAGACAUGCAUCUCCAACACUUGUUGGAUGUGCCAGGAUAUAUGUGUGCCAGUCUCGUUGGGACUAAAUACCACCUGUAUUGUAAUUUUUCGUAUUUGUUCAAAGUGUGUGAUGCACGCUGUGUUCCCUUUAUGUAUUGUGAACGCUCGGCUCCAUUGAUCUGUGGAGCCAAGAUUGUCCUGCCAUGCUUGCAUGAAUUUGUCAGUGUACUCAGAUUUACUCUCUAGCAUUAUUGCGAAAAUUAUCGAGAUAAUUUUUCUGUGUGGUGUUCCUGUAAGGCACAGUGUAUCAAAUUUGGAGAGCAUGGGUUCAUGGAGGUGGCGCAUAGUCGACUGCAGGAGGGAUUUGAGCUGCAAAUAAGAAAAAAGUGCCCUGUUAGGGAGGUGAAAUUGCAUCUGUAGGUCUGGGAACUGUUUCAGAUUGGUCCCUUCAUAUAGAUGGUGUACAUGUGUACAUCCCGCUGUCAUCCAUGUGACAUAGUCAAAGGUCUGGUUCCUCAGGUAUAUGCUGGACAUUGUCGUGGCCAAUUAUAUUGCAUUAGGUCCCCCUGUGUGUUCGCACUAGGUGUCCCACGUGCUCAGCAGUAGUGUGGUUGGUGCCAGUAUUUGUGGCAUCGCAGGUCUCUGUGUUUUCGGUACCCAAAAUAGGUGGUGCAAUCCAGCCCUGCAUGACCAGUGAGAUUCAAUGGCCACCCAUUGGGGUGCUUUUGGUUGUUGUUGGUUGUGUGUAGUUGCCACAGUGAAGAGGAGUGUGGCCUUAUAAUACAAUUUUAUAUCUGGAAAGUUCAUCCCCACCUUGAAGUGGGUUUCUUUAGAGUGUGAAUUGCGAAUCUGGGCUUUUUGUUCGCCCACACAAAUCGUGUAAUGGCUUUUUGUAAGGCCACCAGAUAGUGUUUAGGGAUGGGGAUCUGGAGAGUUCUUAAUAGCUAUUGUGAUUUUGGAAGUAGGGACAUUUUAAAUGCCACCACUCGUCCGUGCCAGGAUAGAAAAUCACUACCCCACGACUGGAGCGUCUAGGUGAUCUCCUGUGAUAGUUUCUCAUAGUUAUGUUUAUACAGUAAGUGUGUCGAUUUGGUAAGUCAUAUUCCUAAAAAGGUUACAAAGUCAUCCCUCCAAUAGAAGUUAAAGGAUGUCUUCAGGGUCUGUGUAAGGCACCCAGGAAUGCUGACCCCCAUUGCCUGUGUUUUUGUUAAGUUGGGUCUGUAAUAGGAGACUGUGUUGUAGUCCUGUAUGCAUUGUUGUAGGUUAGGUAGUAAGAUAUGUGGCUGCGUCAGUGUCAGUAGUAUGUCGUCUGCGAGAAAAGGUAUUAUGAACUGACGAGAAAUAGGUGUAAUCCCUGUAUUCUGUGUGCAUGACUCUCCAGGCAUCAUAAUAAUGGUGUAGGGACAGUAGUUUCACCAAGGUAACGCAUUGUCGUUUGAGUGGCUUAUAUCUAGGAAUAGUGUGAGAGAGUGUAGGGUCUAAAGUGGAGUCCAGGACGUGGUUCAGGUCCCCACAUAUUAUGGUUGUGCCUUGUUGGAUUACUGAAACCCUGUGUAUUAUCUUGUGCAGAAAGUUUCUUUGGUUGGUGUUGGGUGCAUAGAGGUUAGCAAUGGUGUACAGGACAUUGUUUAUGGGUCCCACUAUGAUUACAUAUCUGCCAUCCUGAUCUAUAUCCUCUAGGAGUAGUUCAAAUGCUACCUUCUUACUUAUAAAGGUGGAGACCCCUUUGGACUUUGUUUGCGAGGUGGAGUGAUAUUGGUGGGGGAAGUUAGUUGAUGAGUGCCUUUUGCCUGCCCUUGCUUGGCACCAAAGAAAUGCAGUUUAUCCUGCUUUUCCAUCGCCCGCUUGCCCUUGUGGUGGGACAUGAUCAGGGCACCGUUCUCCUUAUGUUAAUGGGUGUUUUGAAGCUGUGAGAGGGACAAAAUUCCGCGGAGCUAACCAUACAUGCGACCGUUGGAAUUCAGGUCCAGGCCACAGCCCUCCUUUUGGUUUUCUUAAGUAAACACCUACUAUUAAUUGCAAUAUAAUAAAAAUACAUUAGUUAACGAGGGGUAUUAACUCAGCAAAUCCUGCUCGUGAAUGGAACUUUUAGCAAUGAAAUUGGCUUUUCGGUCCUUCAUUAAAGGGGAGGCACAGUCAUUGUGAUACAGAACUUAGGAAUUCAUUAUUAAAGGAAUACUAUAGGGUCAGGAACAUAAACGUAUUCUGAUCCUAUAGUGUUAAAACCACCAUCUAGCCCCCUGGCCUCCUCUUGUGUCCCUAAAUAUAGUAAAAUCUUACUUGUAUUCAAGUCUGAAGCUGCUGUCUCUGCCCCUGAACUGCCUCUGCCAGUUGACAUAAUAAGAAGUGGUAGUCUGAGUCAAUCACAAUGCUUCUCCAUAGGAUUGGCUGAGAUGGUCAAGAAGGCAGAUCAGGAGCGGAGCCAGUACAAGUCAAACACAGCCAUGGCCACUCAGCAUCUCCUCAUAGAUAUUAAUUGAAUGAAUUCAUCUCUAUGAGAAAUGUUCAGUGUCUGCAUGCAGGGGGUGGAGACACUGAAUGGCAGUGCUGCACACUAGGCAGGACUGCCCCAGGAAGCACCUUUAGCAGCUAUCUAAGGAGUGGCCAGUUGAGUUCUAACUAGGCUGUAAUGUAAACACUACAUUUUCUCUGAAUAGACAGUGUUUAUAGCAAAAAGCCUGAAGGGAAUGAUUCUACUCACCAGAACAAAUUCAAUAAGUUGUAGUUGUUCUGGUGACUAUAGUGUCCCUUCAACCCUCCAUCUCUUUGUUGCAAGAGAUUGGCAGAGGUGAUGCUAUACAGUAUAUAAACCACGUUGCUUCCUCACACAGUUUAUUUACUUACCUCUAAAUUAUAGUGAAUCCAAAGCUGAAUAGCAAAGUUUAAACAAAAAUAGCUGAUCUGGAAAAAUUCUCCAACUCUGCUAUAGAAGUGUUUGGUUAUUUUCACCUAAAUUAUGUAAUUUAGGUAUUUAUUUUUUUACAAUUUGCUGGUUAUAUAAAGUGGGGGAAAUCUCCCUCACAGGUGUUACAUUGUCAUACUUCUCAACAUUUCAAAUGGACACAUAGGGUUACUUUAAUCCUAGGGAUAUAAGCGGGGCAGUUCUCAGAAAUUUGAGGUGACUUACUAAUAAAAAAAGUAUGCAACUAAAAUGCAAUUUGGAAGAAGAACAAUGUAUUGUGUUUCUCACAAGCCCAUUAUAGCAGUAAGCUAUGUAUAUCCCAAAAGGAAUCAGAAAUUUAUUUUAACCACUCUAAUUUCUAUUCUUUUAAGGUCACCUUCACCAAGAGGAAGUUUGGGUUGAUGAAGAAGGCAUACGAAUUGAGUGUCCUGUGUGACUGUGAGAUUGCACUCAUCAUUUUCAAUGGGUCCAAUCGAUUAUUCCAGUAUGCUAGCACUGACAUGGACCAUGUGCUCCUAAAAUACACUGAGUACACCGAGCCUCAUGAGAGCCGUACUAACUCAGACAUCCUGGAGGUAGGUGAUCAUCUACCUUGUGAUAUGUAGAAACCAGGUGUUAGACCUCAUGUAAUAAACACUUUAGAAGAUUAUUUGUGACCAUAGUUGUGUGUGCAGCCCAUUUCAAUAUGGUGUGCACCAAGAUUUUUAUUUAAUUUAUUAAAGGAAUACUAUAGUGUUGCAAAUACAAAACUGCCUUCCUAACACUACAGUGUCCCUCUUCCUCUGCUCCUCAACCUGGCCAAGAAGGUGUUAAAAACAUCUUGCUCUCUUACCUAAUCAGACUCCAACGAUGAUGUCAGCACGAUCCAAGAACCAAUUGCGCAUGCGUGGCGAAUGCCACACACAAAUCAUCCUUCCCCACACCAAAGCAUUGACUCAGUACUUUCCCACAGGGUUUACAAGACACUCGACAUCUUCAUGCAAAGUGUGAGGAUGUCCAGUGUUGUUUCACAGAGUCAAACUGCCCUUCCGACCACCCCCACCCACUACCACCAGAGUCCCGAUUUGCAUAAGGGGCCUAAUGGGCGAGAAAGUGCAGGGCAGCUUGGCCACGCUUAAGAGUGAUACUGAGUACACCAGGCAUCGCUCUGGAAAAUCACACACUUACAUUUAUGAUCAAUAGCAAUGCAAACAUAAGUGCAGUAAAACAAUUAAAACAAUUACUAUAGUGAGGUUAACGGCAAGCGUUUACAAAACCACAAUGUAAUGUAUACAUCAAAAACACUGCUUUCGUUUUUAAAAAGAGAUCAAAGAGGCAGAAAUAAGUAAAUGAAGAUAUUUAGCUAAUGCUUGUAUAAUGAGUAAAUUAGAGACUCUUGAAAAUCCUAUUCACAUUCUCACUUUUCCAAUGGAAUUCAAUGAUGAAUGAAAAUAUUUUCUUAUUUACAAGUUUUAUGGUUUCCAAUAUACAUCUACAUUUUUUUUUCAGUAAAUAGAAGAUAGAUCUGACAGCUAUAUUACCUUUGUAAAUUAUUAUAUACUAUAUCCAUACUUAAUCCUUCUUGGAUCCAUCUUUAGUUAAAUGGAAAAGAUUAAUGUAGUUGUUCUGGUGAUUAUAGUAUGGCCCCUGCAGGCUUUUUAAUGUAAAGCAGUGUUUACACUACUUCCUAGUAACACCUCCAGUGGCAGUCACUCAGACGGCCACUAAAGGUGCUUUCUGGGUCAGUGCUGCAGAAUAUGAUGUUCAGAGUCUCCAUGCUCUACACAUAGGUGCUGAGCGUUCCUUAUAGAGAUGCAUUGAUUCAGGGCUGAAUUUAUGGGAGCUGUGGUGGGUGCAGGGUGGGCAUAGGGACUGUAGUGGGUGCAGAAAGGCAUAGGAACUGUGGUGAGUGCAUAGGGGCUGUGUUGCAGAUGCAGUGGGGGCAUAGGGGCUGUGGUGAGUACAAGAAGGCAUAAGGCCUGUGGUGGGUGCAGGGUGGGAUAAGGGCUAUAGUGGGUGAAAAGGGCAUAGGGACUGUGGUGGGUGCAUGUUGGGAAUAGGAGCUAUAAUGGGGUGUUUUCUUUUACAAAUGGUAGUUCUUUGUGGCAACCUACUAAAAUGCUCCAAAAAUGAAUAUUGACCCAUCAACACCAUCUAUGAAAAUUCACACAUAAACCUAAAAUGGUCACGUCUCUGCACUGUAACUUCACACAAUAGUGUAUUGGUCAUACACUGGGCAUAAAGCUGAUCCUGUGGAGGUGUGGACUGCCCAGGUGCACUGUAGACAGGCAAGGUGUGCAACGCUAGGCUCCGUCCCUCACAGGUAGAUGCGGCCCUUUGUCAUCAGGUCCCUCAUGAGCAGCAUCGGGUUGCAUAGUGGCGGGGCCUAAUGAGAGGGGCAGGAUCACAUUGAGUCGGAUCCUAACGCUGCAUACCCCUCCUAUCUACAGAGCACCUUGGCGGUCCACAACCCCCAGGACCAGCUCUGAUUAGGCAUAUUGUGUUACUCAAAAGAUGUAACUGAGCAUAAAUUGGGGGACUUGGUGGGAUUUUAGGGGGUUUUAUCACAGUGGCACAUAAUAAAAGGGACACAAUACCAAUCAACUGACAUAAAUUUGCGAAAAAAAUGGUACAACAUAGAUCAUAUGAGAUACCCUGGAGUCUACUUUCACAAAUGGUAGGCCUUUGUAGUUUGAACAGUCAAACUGCUAUAAUGCCUCAAAUUGUACUCAGCAGAUGUUGCCAAACCCAAUAUGGGUUUUGUACAGGUAUAGCACACAUCGGCUUUAUGAAAUACACAUUAAAAAACCUUGUUAUAUGUUUGUAUGUCAAAAUAAUCUUAGGUAAAAAGCCUCUGAUGUCUACUUCAUAUACAUACAUAACUUUUGUCUGACAAUUUUAUUUUUGUUAUGGCUACUAAGCUUACUAGACAAACACACCAACUUGUAAAAUUGUUCCACAUUGAAAUUUUAUUUUACAUCUUGUAUUUUGUGACCUGUAACUAUCAAAAUACAAUGAAAUUCUAGACAUAUUAUGUAUGUAUGUAAUUUUCGUAAGCUGCACUUAUUAUGCACACAUUAUUAUUCUCCAAGCUGUGAAAAAGUGUAUGUUUUGUAAUAAAUGGGAAUUAUAUGUGUAUAUGUAUCAAAUUAAAUCCUUUUUAUCUUUUGAAAAUUGGCAUUUAAUGUAUGUUGGUGCAAUAAAUGAGAAAAAUAUAAAUUGCAGUUGAAAACAAACAGCAAGAACAAAUGCAAAAAUUGCUUGCAUCCUUAAGUUCAAGAAAGGCUUCUGAAGCUGUGUCCUUAAGGGGUUCAUCUAAUUAUGGCUUUUUUGGUAAUUAAAAAAACAAUUGGAGGGGGCGGAGCUAAGCUGUUGAAGCGACUGGCCGCAUGUCUCUGAAGCUCUGAGCUUUAUGCCACAAAAAGCCUAUUUAUUGCUACCAGCACCGCCACUAAUUGGACCCGGAGGUCGGUACCCGCCUGCCCAAACACUAUGGGGCGCAAAUCUAAAAAGCCCAAAUCAGACAAGCCGACCAUGGGAAGGAAUAUCGGGGAAAUGUGGAAGCAGGCACAGGGCGCAUACGGACCUAACAUGGCCGCCCUCACCGGCGGCUGCUCAGAUUUCUCUGACGAACUCUCCACAGACGGGGAGGAUGAAAUCUUACUGGCACUCCCAAAGCCAAAACCGGGCUCGACAACACCAGAUACAGCCCCGGUCACCACGGCCGUCCUAAAGGAACUCCUGGACGAUCUGAAAACCACGCUCCAGGCAGACAUAGCCACGAUCCGAGGGGGCCUGCAGGGCCUAACAAGCCUCAUCGGAGUGCUAGAAGAAGCAUCACACACAAGCUCGCAACGCUUGGAUACCCUACAACAAGAGGUCAGAGAACUAAAACAGCAAACCCAAGUAUAUGACCGCCGCCUCGCGGCACAGGAAGAUGCCAGACGCCGAAAUAAUUAAAAAAUUAGAGGGAUCUCGGAGGAAGUGCCGGACGCAGAACUACCGCACCUAAUGAGAAGGCUAAUGGCUGCUUUACUCCCACAGCGGCAGGCCAAAGCUAUGAACCUGGAAGGUCUAUUCCGCAUCCCCAAACCGGCUAAGGCACCGGUGACGGCCCCACGGGACCUAGUGGUCCAAUUCAAGUCCGGAACAGACAAAGCUGCAGUCCUCACGGCCCUCAAGGGAGCGUCCACAUAUCAGAUGGAAGGCAUGACACUGGCCUUUUACCAGGACCUUUCUAACAGCACGCUGGCAUGGCAGAGGUCCCUCAGGCCUCUCACCUCCCUUUUACUGCAGAAGAACAUACGCUACCGUUGGCGCAUGUCUCACACGCUAAUGGUGACACACAGUUACUCCACGCACAUCCUACAGGACUUACAAGAGGCAGCAACACUACUACAAGCCCUGGGUCUACUGCAGGACAGUCUGGCCAGUAAAGACCCCACUACCGCCUCCAAACCUUCACGCACCUGGAACCCAGCGGCGAUCACCCCGUUCAUCCCAUGGGGAGCCGAGACUGGAUCAUACGUGGCAGCCACAUCCUGAGGACAAUAUCACUUUCAGUCCUAUCUAGUUGGGAUACUUUUAACUGUUUUAAUUUUUCAAAGCUUUGUUUUACAAGUUGCUGGUUCCCAUGUAAUACAACACACAGCUUACACUCACGACCCCGGAUGGCACAAUAGGGCAGACAUGCUCCAGUGAAUUUAUAACCCUAACUUAGCUUAUCCAAGGAUCACAGGGGGGACAUCACAAGCAGUUAUCCAACUAAACACUAUCUGCACCCACAUCUUAUAUAGCUCAAACCAAAGCAUGUUGUAUUUCUACUAUUAUACUCGUAUUAACCUAUUAUCAGUCUAGAAAGCACAGCCCCACGUAACAAAGUAUGAAAACUUAGCCUAGACCUUGAUCGCUAGCCUACUGAAUACUUCAUUAUCAUUAAAAAAUGUGCAAUGUAUAUGCAGCCACACUGUUUUCCAUUGUUUAAUGCUCUGUUUGCACUAGCUAUUGUGGCAGUGCAAAUCUGCUUGUUAACUCAUGCACAACCUAAAGAAUUUUAAAAAAACAAAACAAAAAACAAUUGGAUUAAAAUGAAAAUAAACAGAAAAUUGGAAAGGUGGUUUGGAUAAAUAGUUGUUUUUUUAUUAUUAUUAUUAUUAUUAUUAUUAUUAUUAUUGUUGUUGUUUUUUUAUGCUUUAAUACACUCAAGCUCUGUAUGUUAGUGUAUUAAAUUGUGAAUAUGCCACAAUUUAAUAAAAAGGAAAAAAAAGAAAAGUACCCCAGCAGGAAAACAGGAUACUAAGGUGCAUUAGUGAGAUAUAUUUAAUAACAAAAAAGUAAAAAAUUAAGUAGAAAGGUUUUCUACUCUAGGUAAUUUAGGAUUGCCAUUUUAAAGGGACACUAUAGUCACCCAGACCACUUCAGCUCAAUGUGCCAGGUCCCCCAGGUUUUAACCCUUCAGAUGUAAACAUAGCAGGGUUAAUCCAACCUCUAGUGGCUGCCUUCCUGACAGCCGCUUCUGCAACACAGGAUGCGAAAAUCGUGUGCAGAACGUCCAUAGGAAAGCAUUGAGCUCCACUCGGGCGCUGACAUGGGCGGGGGAGGAGAGGUCACUGGCGCAGAGGGAGCCCGGCGCUGAAUUAAGGUAAGUGGCUGAAGUGGCUUUAACCCCUUCAGCUCAGUGGGAGGGGGACCCUGAGAGUGGGGGGACCCUUAGGAUUGUAAAUGUCAACUCUUGGCAGGCAAGAUUCCCAUUCCAGCAACUAAUGUGUCACAUUUAUUUCUUCAAACAUUGUCGAGGCCCCUGUGCACUUAGCAGCAUUUAAUACCAAUGCGAUUUCUUUAAAUAAUCAAGACCAUUACUAAUCUAACUUCUACAGGUCACAGCUACCCCAACAUUAUUACUAGUAGUACACCAUGGCUGCUCCCUGAACUCUACUUAUGAUGAUAUAGAUCAGAAGAUUGAUGCCUAUAGACUAAUUCCAGGGUUAUUUUUAGAGAACUUAUCGAAAUAACCAGCUCAUUGAUAACAAACUAUGACCUUUCUUGUGAAUAGACUUUGAAACGGAGGAGUCUGGGAUUGGAGACGGAGGAUGGAUUGGAACAGGCCCAGAGGAUCCCAGGGGAAAAUGUCAACUUGUCCACUCCUCGUCACACCAUGUCUCCUGUAAGUUAAAUAUGCCACAUAUAAUGGUGUAGGGAUCAACACGAGAGAGUGUAUGGUAUCCCUCAUAUUACAAUAUUUCAGACUGAAUCUGAAAUUUUAAGCAGAGGAAGAAAUGGUAAAUUUUCAAGCUGGGCAAAAGUGGUAAGUGGUGUGCCUCAGGGUUCUGUUUUCGGAAUGCUUCUAUUCAACAUAUUUAUAAAUUAUCUUGAAACAGGCAUUGAAAGUCAUGUUUCAGUGUUUGCAGAUGACACAAAACUCUGUAAAGUAAUACAAUGUGAGCAAGAUAUUACUUUGCUCCAGAGGGAUUUAGAUAGAUUGGGGGGACCUACCACUCAAAUGGCAGAUGAAAUUGAAUGUAGAAAAAUCCAAAGUUAUGCACUUCGGGGUAAAGGAUGCCCAAGCGACUUACAACCUAAAUGGUAGUGAAUUAGGGAUAACCAUACACAAGAAGAAUUUGGGAAUUGUAAUAGAUAACGAACUAGGCCACAAUGUACUAUGUCAAUCAGCAGUGACUAAGGAAGGCCAGUAAGGUAUAAAAAGGGGCAUUCAUUCUCAGAACGAAAAUAUAAUUUUGCCUCUUGAUAAAUCACUGGUAAGACCACAUAUUGAAUAUGCUGUGCAAUUUUGGUCACCUGUUCUAAUGAAGGAUAUUAUGGCACUAGAAAAAGUGCACAGACGUUUUCUUGCAAUUGUAACUUGUAAGGUGAAGAGGGCAAGAUAGGUGGCAAACAGACAACAUGAAUGUCUACCUUGUUAUUUGCAUUCAGUUAUGGAUAAGUGUAAUUUUUGCAAAUGAAUGGCCUCGAAUGCCCCUCUGGUCUUUGUAUUUAAGAUGGUAUUUUAGAGCUAAAGCUUCCUCUUUCUGUCUGUCGUUCUAUCUCUUUCUCAUUUCUUGUAAGCUUGUGGUAAAAUAUACCAUAUUACUAUGACACUUCCACCAUCAAAGGAGUAAACCAUUCUAUUUCCUUUUCAGAAAAUAUAGCAUUAAGAAUAAAAAUAGUCGCUAUUGCUUUCCUUUUUGUAUAAAACCCACAGAUAUACUUAUAUAGACAAGGCAAGCAGAGACAUAAAAAAAUAAAAAGACCAAAGGAUCAUAUGCAGUGUUAGAAAUUGCUCCAUUAUGUGUUCAUCUCUCCCUUGUGUUAUUUUCUGUUGUUUGAAUAUUCUCAGCGUUUGGUCUCUGCCUUUCAUUUAAGUUCACAUCUAAUAGCAAGAUUGCAAUAACCAGUAAUGGGAGAUACAAAAAUGUCUCCUAAUGAAAAUGUAUUGUUCCCUAUCGUCUCCUUUUUCCCCCCCAGAAGCCUUUGCAGAUGAGCCACGGUACUCUGAGUGCAGCUUCCUCUCCCCACAAGAAGUAUGGGGACCACAAUUUACCUCAAACCAUAAUCCGACCAUUGAAUUUCAAACCUACAACUUUGAAAAAUUCCUCCACAGAAAGUCUGAUACAACAAGGUACCUAUUUGAAUUCCAAGCACUUAUAAUAGCUUAAUAUGCCAGUUUACCUGCAUCCACACUCACUGAGAAUUAGCAUUAAAUAAUAGACUUGUUGAACACUUGUUUAGGACAUUUCAUCUGAAUUAUAUCAAAAAAAUACCGGCACUCCAAGGUUUUACAAAUGGAUUUCUUCUUUAUUCCAAAAUCAUCAUUUAAAGAAGAAAUCCAUUUGUAAAUUCUUGGAGUGCCGGUAUUUUCUUUAUUUAUUGUUUGGCUACCAGAGCACCAGGUAUCACCUUCUGUUAAGUUGGAGUGCAGGAAUUUUCUACAUUUUUAUGUGUGUGUGUAUAUAUAUAUAUAUAUAUAUAUAUAUUAUUAUUAUUUUUUUUUUUUAUUAUUUUUUUUUUUAUUAUUAUUCAAAUCAAUCGUCCGGGAUUUACUGAGGAGUCUAAUUCAGUGACUCCACAGGUAAAUCCCUGACAAAACUAAAGUGGACCACAUGUGAAUUGAGUUUAAAGUAGAUCUCAAGCUUAUUGUGUAUUCCCUCUCACUAUUAACUAACACCUGUCCAUACACAGGGUCCUUGCCACCUUACAGCAACCAGAGUCAUGGAGGCCAGAGCAAGACUGUAACCUCCUCAUACCUGGGUGGUGAUACUCAGAAGACAGAUCUGGCCAAUGCCAAGGUAAAUUUUUGAUUAAGAAUCUUUGAGAUAGCUCAGUAGUUCACUUGUUGUGCAGACUGAACAAAACACUUUGACGGGAAAUAUUUUUUUUUCGGCAAAAUGUUGUUCAUGGUGCUGUUCGGCUUGGACAAAUUUUGGUUUUGAAAAAAGAUAACUCAGACAGUCAGAAAAUGCAUUGGAAAUGGUGCCUGUAACUAACAUAGCUAUAAUAUUGCCUGACCUAAUGGCUACACAAUAUCAUGCAUUUUUGCAAUGCCAAUGCUGAUCUGCAAAAAUGAUUAUUAUAUAUCUUCAUUAAAAAAUGUGAAUUGAUUGAACUUCGUUUUAUAAUGCAGCAUUAUAAUCUUUUUACUUUUUCUAUUUUGUAUUAACACAAUAUGGGUAGCAGUAGUCAUUUCAGGUUUAUCCAAAAAUUAAAGAAAAAAGUCAAUGGUGAAUUGACCACCUACGUACUCGCCCCUUCCACCUUUGCAGGAACAAAGCUUCCCCACACAUCCAGUCUCUAGUGUCCUUCAGUGUGGGAAAAACAGUGCCUUAUCAGCUUCUCCCAACUGUAUCUGCAGAGGUAACAGGCAUAGUCACCUUGCAAGACCAGGGCCGGACUGGCCCACCGGGAUACCAGGAAAUUUCCCGGUGGGCCGCGGCACCUGGGGCUGGGCUGAUCAGAGAUCAAGCUUCUAUAAUCCCGGCCGGACAUGUGGGAGCCAGGCGGCCGGCACAGCUCACACAUGGCCGGCUGGGAUUCUAAGAAAAUAAAUAAAAUAAAAAUAUUGCAGCGGGGGCGGGUCUUAGCGUGCGGCGGGGACCCUGGUAACUGCGGCAUGGGAAGCAGGAAGGAGUCUCUGCUUCCCCAACAACCAGACCCCAGGAGCUCCAAGGGAUGUUGAGGUAAGAAGCAGAUCAGUGUGUGUGUGUGUGUGUGUGUGUGACUGUCUGCAUGUGUGUGUGACUGUGUGUGUGUAUGUGUGACUGUCUGCCUGUGUGUGUGACUGUGUGUGUAUGUGUGUGACUGUCUGCCUGUGUGUGUAUGUGUGUGACUGUCUGCCUGUGUGUGUGUGUGAGACUGUGUGUGUGUAUGUCUGUGACUGUCUGCCUGUGUGUGUGUGACUGUGUGUGUGUGUGUGUGAGACUGUUUGUGUGAGUGUGGUGUGUGUGUGUGUGUUUGAGUGUGUGUGACUGUCUGCCUGUGUGUGUGUGUGUGUGUGUGUGUGUGUGUGUGUGACUGUCUGCCUGUGUGUGACUGUGUGCCUGCCUGUGUUUGUGUGUGCGACUGUCUGCCUGGGUGUGUGUGUGACCGUCUGCCUGUGUGUGUGUGUGUGUGUGACUGUCUGUGUGUGUAACUGCCUGCCUGUGUGUGUGUGACUGUGUGUGUGACUGUUUGUCUGUGAGUGUGUGUGUGUGGCUGUCUGCCUGUUUGUAUGUGGCUGUCUGUGUGUGUGUGGGUGUCUGUGUGUGGCUGUCUGCCUGUCUCUGUGUGUGUGGAUGUCUGCCUCUGUGUCAGUGACUGUCUGCCUGUGUGUGUGACUGUGUGUGUAAGUGUGUGACUGUCUGCGUGUGUGUGACUGACUGCCUGCAUGUGUGUGAAUGUCUGCCUGUGUGUGGGACUGUCUGCCUGUGUGUGUGUGUGUGUGUGUGACUGUCUGCCUGUGAGUGACUGUGUGUGUGUGUGUGUGUGUGUGUGUGUGUGUGUGUGACUGUCUGCCUGUGUGUGUGUGGUUGUCUGUGUGUGGCUGUCUGCCUGUCUCUGUGUGUGUGGAUGUCUGCCUCUGUGUCAGUGACUGUCUGCCUCUGUGUGUGUGGAUGUCUUUGUGUGUGUGUGCAUCUGCUAUUGAGUGAGCGAGCUUCUGUGUGUGUGUGUGUGUGUGCGCGCAUCUGCUAGUGAGUGAGCUUCUGUGUGUGCAUCUGCUAGUGAGGGAGCUUCUGUGUGUGGGUGCCUGCUAGUGAGUUUGUGUGUGUGCCUGCUAGUGAGUGAGCUUGUAUGUGUGUCAGUGAGCCUGUCUGUGGUGAGUAUGUGUGUACAGUGAGCUUGUCUGUAGUAAGCAGUUUGUCUGUACUAAAUUUGUGUGUGUACCAGUAACCUUGUCUGUGUAUGUCAUUGAGAUUGUCUGUCAAUGAGCCUAUUUGUGUGCAUCAGUAAGAUUGUCUCUGUCUGUAGGUGAGUAUGCUUUACUGUUUAAUUUAAUUACCCUGAAAGGACUAAGAUUUUGAAUUAGAAGAAGAAAUUUAUCAAUAAUAUAUAUAUAUAUAUAUAUGUAUAUAUAUAUAUUGUGAAAGAAACGGCAGCACUCACGGUCUUUACUUAAAAUCUUAUUUUCUUUGCAAGAUUAAAACAUGGAUCAACGUUUCAGUCCCUAAAUUGGACUUUCUUCAGGAUCAAUAUCAUAUCAUAUUGAUCCUGAAGGAAGUCCCACUUAGGGACUGAAACGUUGAUCCAUGUUUUAAUCUUGCAAGACACAAGUGGCUCGUGAGUACUGCCAUUUCUUUCACAAUCUGGAUACCAAAGUCCCAAGCUUAAAGGGACACUCCAGGCAGUCCUUUUUACUCACCUCGUUCCAGCUCCGGGAACCUUGUGAAGCCAUGCCCCCUAUUUCAUAGGCACGAGCAGGGAGCAAUUCGGAAGCGUCAUUGCUCCCUUGUGCGCAUGCGCGGCUUCACAUACCUCAUAGGGCGGCAUUCAUGAAAAGGGGGGAGUAGCAGGAGAAAUGUAAUUCAAAAUACUUUUCAUGUAUCACCAAAUUUAGCAACAACUUGGAAGGGAGAGGUGAGCGGCCAAUUGCAUUUCAGCUAGCACAUGAUGAUGCCCAAUAAAUGAAGAGCAGGGUAAUCCAACUUGAGACUAUUUACUUAUUCAAUUGUCGGGACAUUUGUGAGUAUUAGGAAUUUGGAAUGCUCUUUGUGAACGUUCAAUUUGGACAUUGUUCGGUGGAAAUCACAACAGCUGUUGGGCAACCAGGUACAGAGCAGGCCACACACUUUUAUUCUCUAUCCAGUAUUUCAGAGGGUACUCGCUAGGAGACAAAAGAGGUUCUGACCAUUUCAGAGGCACUACUAUUCUUUCAGCUGCUGCUGUUUCACAUGUUCCCACCAAACUGCCAACAUCCUCAGCACAAACUGCAUCUGUUUUGCUCUUCUGUCUUGGGGCUAUGCUGCUGAGCAGUUGCUGGAGGUAGUAGACUGCAACAACAUAGUAGUUUCAAUGUGCACAUGUUCCUCAACCAGCAUGCUUCUCUUUCCCUGCAAAUAAUAUACCAUGUUAAUACAUCUGUCCCUUUAGUAUGUCAUGGUGUUACAUCAGAAUGACACUUUUCCCUUAAUCCUAGGAUCACACGGAGUAGCUAGCAUUAGUUAAGGCAAUUGACAAUUUGUUUGGCACGCAUUGAGUAGAUUAUUCAGCUUCCUGACCACUUCUUCUACAUCGGUGUGGAGUGUGCCACCAGGAACUAACUCCCUGUUUUCUAGGAAGGUAUCCAUCUUGUUUAUGAGGUGGGUGAACAACGGGAUGUGCUGUCCAAAACUGGCAUUAACAUGGCUCAAAGUUUCUGUUAUGUACCUAAAUGGAAUAAGAACUGACACUAGUUCCCACUAUUAUUGUCCAAUCCUCAUGCCCCAGUGAGGAGUCAAUGCCGAUGGAGUGGUGGGAAAAUAGACUAUAAAUUGCCCUUUGAUGUUCCAUAAUUCUUUCCAGCAUGUCUAAAGUAGAGUUCUACUGCGUACUGGCAGUUUGUGGUAAGCCCGCUUUCCUCUUGCUGUUGUCUCAAGAUUUGGAUAGCCCUUACACUACUGUGGAAAUGCCCAGAAAUCCUACUGCAAUGCUCACGUAUGGUUGACACUUUUGUGUUGGCACCCUGAAUUGCACCCUUCACUAUAAGACAUAGGGUGUGUUAGAGUUUUGACCAUGAAGUCAACAUGCAGAUUAAUGCCUAUCCUGAUCUCCCUACCAAUUUGACACCAUUUGUCUAAUUGCUGAUCUGCCAACAACUUUUACACCAUAAAAGCAGGAGAGAUCGACUGCUCUACAGAUACACUCCCAGACUGACAUGCUGCUAAGCUCAGGCCUCCUCCACUGCCACCACCAUUCCCAGGCACUGUGGGCUACCACCAGUGUGCUGUCAAGGAGAGGAAGGCAUGCUGGUCAAUAGGAGCACUCCAUAAAUCUAUAGUGAAAGGCACCCACUGACCUACAGCCUAAGUCAGUUGUUACUUCAAUAGUAGCACUCAGGAACAGUAUAUAGUGAUGGGAUGAACAUUUUGCUGAAAGUCAUGAUUGCCCUAGAGCUGGACAAUAAGGUUUGUUUUAAAGAUUUGGUAUAUUUGGCCUCACCUUGCACAAUAGAAUAAAUGACCCACGCUGUCUUCCACUCCCACAAAGGCACAGCAAGAGUAAAACAGUCUGUCUCCCUCAGUAGCUGCAGUAAAGUGUUUUUUAGAAUUCCGCUCCAAAGUAUAGAUUGUUUUACUGCUUUGAAUUUUUUUUUAAAUAAAUAAAUAUAUAUAUAUAUAUAUAUAUAUAUAUAUAUAUAUAUAUAUUAAUAAUAAUAUAUGAUUUAUUUUUUUAAUCUACAGAAGACAAUUAUAUAUUUUCUCCAGCCAUUAUUAAUGGAGUAUAUUUUCUCUCCUAUUCUAUAUUAUAGGUACUACUAAGUACAUAUUAAUACCAUUUUGUUUUUUUGUUCUUUUUUUUCAGCAAAGAAUUCUGGCAUACUCUGGUGUGCAGUCUCGAGGUUUGGCAAGUUAUCCUUACUUCUCUGUGAAUCACACAGGUGAAUGUCCAGCUGAUGUUUAAUUGUAUAAUCCUCAAGUGACCACAUAUGUCUAAUCUAUUAUGUGUUUCAGAUUACCAAAUCUCCGACUCUUCUGGUCAUCCAGCCUUGAGUUCCCCACCUAGGCUGCCAGGACACACAUUUACCCCAUGGACUCAUCCCUACUCCCCACAGAGACACACUCCACUCAGGUGAGAAACUAAUACAUUCAAAAACCAUAAUGCUACAUGUAAGAUAAAUAUACACUCCAUAUUCCUUAACAAAACAAAUGUAAAGGUUACAGGCAUUGGUAGAUCUAUACUUUUAAUUAAUUCCUUCACCAUGAAGGGAUUUCCAAUCACUUGCCACCAGAAUCAAUUCUUCCUGUGUUAGGGAAAGUAAUGUGUCAAAGUAUUUUUAUAAUGUCAGUAUUCACAUUUCAUCAUCAUAAAUCACUUACAGAAUAAUGAAGUUAAAGUUCAGUUAACAAGAUUAAAUUAUAUUUAUUGAUUGGCACUGUUUUUCUAUUUUUCUUAACUCUGAAUCUAUGCUGCAGUCCUCUGGAUGUGGAUAAUUUAACCCACAAAUACCUUAAUUCUCUUAAAUAUUCUGUAAUCACCCAAGCAAAUAUCCAUCACAAUAUUGCCCAUAUGUUGCCUCAUAUACCUAUGAAUUUUGCAUCGUAUUUUGUCAUAUUGCCUCUAUAUGUGGUUAAAUUGCACCGUAACAAAUAUCUUUAAGUAGUCCCAUUGCCCUCAACAUUAUGGACAUAUGUUUCAUUAAAUUAUGUUUACAAGGGUGCCAAUCUUGGGUUAUGAGCGAAUACCUCUAAUGCUCAUGAUGGGUGAAGGCGUUAAAGGGACACUGUAGGCACUGUAACCACUUAAUCUUCAAGUGGUCAUAGUGUCUGGAGUUUCCUAGUGCAGUAUUUCUGUUCAGUGUUACCAGUUUUUAAUGGUUUAAAACUAAACAAGAGUCCUCUGAAGCAUUAGCCUGAGCAUCAAUGGGGGGAGAUGAUUGGCAGAAAGUGGUUUUAGCUUAUCACAGUUGCCCAUUGCUGGUAUGAAUUGGUACUUUAAAGGGACACUAUAGUCACCAGAACAACUACAGUUUAUUGCAUUUGUUCUGGUGAGUAGAAUCAUUAUCUUUAGGCUUUUUGCUGUAAACACUGUCUUUUCAGAAAAAAUGCAGUGUUUACAUUACAGCCUAAUGAUAACUUCACUGGCCACUCCUCAGUUGGCUGCUAGAGAUCCUUCCUGGGUCAUGGAUGCCAAAAAUGCAUCCAAACAUUCAGUAUCUCCUCCCUCUGCAUACAGACACUGAACUUUCCUCAUAGAGAUUCAUUGAUUCAAUUCAUCUCUAUGAGGAGAUGCUGAUAGGCCAGGGCUGUGUUUGAAUCAUGCUGGCUCUGCCCCUGAUCUGCCUCUUUGUGAGUCUCAGCCAAUCCUAUGGGGAAGCACUGUGAUUGGAUCAGGCUACUUCUGAUUAUUUCAGCAGACUGCUUGUUUUUUUUAGUCAAACAGCAUGCAGAUCUACAGCUUCUGGUUUGAAUACAGUAAGAUUUUGCUAUAUUUAUGGAGGCAUGAGGGGUCCAGGUGAGCUAGAUGGUGGUUUAACACUACAGGGUCAGUAAUACAUGUUUGUGUUCCUGACUCUAUAGUGAUCCUCUAAGUGGGGUUUGGAUUGUGGGUGUUCAGGAACUCUCCUGACUGCCCACAGCCCAUCAUUAGUGUGCUAGAAUUGUUUACUAUUGCAACUCUGAAUGCAUAGCUGACUCACACGGAAUAAUUGUCUGCCUAUAAAUUGGGUGGGAGUGCCUUAAAGUUGGUGGCCAGGCUGACGAUGGAACUGCCAGGCAGAUUUGAAAAUGCAGGUUUGGUUUCCAGAACCCAUUUUACAUGGGAUAGACUCUCAAAAUGUGGGAUUGUUCUGGAAAGGAAAAUGAGGAUGUUUGGCAUCUAUUAUGAAUGGAGGGACAGCAAAGGGGACUCCAAAUAAUUUAAAUGGUUAUAGUGCCUAGAGUGUCCCUUUCAUAUAAAAUAUAAGGUGAAGUAAUGUUUUGUUAUCAUUAGUGUAAUAAUGUUUACUUUGGAAUCCUGAUACAUGCCAUUCAUAUUUUCACUCAUUACUCGGCAAUUAUCAGGACUCCCCCUCUCACGUCAUCAGAACUCCUCCUCCCUCAGGAUUGCGGUGCCCAGAGGAUGGAGGAGUUCCGAUGAUGAGGGAGGGCAAGUUCCGAUGAUUGCUGAGCUGUGAGGGGAAAAGUGAGGGCAUAUAACAGGAAAGGUCUUCACUUUGUUCUGUAAAAUAACAGUCUUUAAGGUAGGAUGACAGAAAUGUAUUGUGUGAUAGUUACUGAGAAAUUGUUGAACAAUGCAGAAUAUCUGUUAAAGGACACCAGAAAUGUUUUUUUUUAUUUCUUUUUUAUUAAUAUUACAAGAAUUCUUGCAGCAUUCCUUUUUAAAAUGAAGCAUAUGUAAAAAAUACCUGCAAAUCCACCCCUUACUUUCACAGAACACUCUGCCAUAUUUAUAUCCGACUGGUAUACUCCUGCAUCACUCCAUGAACAGAGCGAUUAUGUCAUCAGCCAUUGCCCUGUGUGGCUUAAGUAGUGUCAGUACAUAGUGUACCUGGUCCACAGACCGAAGGUGUAUGAAUAUGGUAGAGGGAUCUAGUGUUCUGUGAAAGUAGGGGCCAGAUUUUCAGGCAUUUUUACAUAUACUUAUACAUUUACAUAUACAUUUAAAAAAGCCAUAUCUUUUCAUUAUAUGUUGCAAAAAUUCUUAUAAUAUAUAUAUAUAUAUAUAUAUAUAUAUAUAUAUAUAUAUAUAUAUAUAUAUAUAUAUAUAUAUAUAUGUUUUAAAUCUGGUGAUAGUUGUCCUUUAAGUUAGAAUAACAUGUAUACUUUGCUGCCACCAAGUGGGUUGUUAUAAUUAUUACCUGCCUGCCAGUAAUAGAAAUGGAAAAUCAAAAAACUUGCUUUUACCCCAAAGUUAUGCAGCUAACCGAUUAUAUCUAAUUAGCAACAUCAUAGGAGGAAGUGUUAUCUUUGUUAUCCAUUCUGUUCUCAUCUUCCUGUAGGGUUUCUAGCAGGUUUCAUCAAGAUAUGGAAACCAAGACUCCCCCAGAUAUUCCAUCUCAUCCACAAGGCAUCAGCAUUAAAACAGAACCGCUUACUUCACCAAUGGAAUGCUCAGUCUCUCGGCACACCCCAUCGCCCCAGCACAGGAAUGCCACGGAACUCCACCACCCUUACUCCAUUAUACGGCCAUGGCCUUUGGUGGAUGAGAGAUCAGGCCAUUCCAAUAGGCAUCUGCAGUUGCCAGUAGUUUGGCACCACUAAAGUGAUGGGAAUUUGGAGUAUACCAGUAAUAACUGCAUCGAGGAUUUAUUUCCACAUACGAAGACAUAGGGGAAAAAAGGUUUAAACGUAUUUGACCUUAACAGCAUGGCAGCUCUCUGCUUUCACGUUAUAAAUAUUAGUUUAAUGGCAUACAGAUCUUUUACCUGGCUAAAGGCCUUCAGAAGCUGUUGACCACCUGCAGACCCCUUUGCACUUUAUGGUACCCUUGGGUAGAUAAACAGAACUUAUUUGCAAGAUGCAGUGAUAUUUUGGUAAGAAGUAAAAUGCUGUGUAACUAUCUUCAGAAAUGGGAGCUGUGAAGUAACACCUACAUAUGCUAGAUAAGGAUUGCCACCUGGAACUGAGGGGAACUAGAACUAUGCUGUUUCUAUAUGAACUUCAACCAUCUUUAUUAAAAUGUUGGUCAACAUUACUAUAAAUCAAUUUGUGUAAAUAGUUAAAUAAAAGACAUAGUUGGGAUUUUUUGUGGUGAUAUUUUAUUCAAACUAGAACAUAUGUUGAAAUAAUAAGAUAUUGACACAUAAAUAAUAAUGCUUAAUGGUGAUCUUUUUAUGUAAUAAUUUGAAGAGUAUAUUGUAUUCUAUCAUGUGCUAUACACAACUGUAUUUUCAUUGGUUCAUGUCUCAACAAACGUUUUUGGGUUUUGGUUUUGGGAGAAGCACACAAGGAUGGCAUAAAUAGAGAGAGACAUAUGAUGAAGAUGGUGAAAUGAACAGAUGGGAAUUGGGAGAAAUACAAUGGGGCAGAUGAAGAGACGUACUCUAGUAGGAACUGAUAGAAAUAGGCAAAUGUAAUGCACAAAUACACAAUGCAAUGCAUUCGCAGACUGGUACUCCACAUAGAUCAACAUCCACUUUACACACAUUUGCACUCUUCAACAAACGCAGUUCUUCAUUCAAAGCAAUCUUUUAAUAAAUGUGGUCUGGAGCGCAGCUAGCUUCUGCUUAUUGGUCCCCUACAAAAAAUUAGAUGACUACAUGAACCUCCAUAGGUCUCUCGUGAAUGCACAGUUGCAUACCAUACAAUAGUCUGUGUGAGUGGAUGCUAUUGGGCAAUGGCAUGAUGUGGCCAUGAAUCUCUAUUCUUUGCCAUAUGUUCCCUACUUUGUCAUAUGAUAUAUGAAAUUGCAAUACAGUCUUUACUAAUUUUCAUGGAGAUUUUGUCCUGAUGGAAAACUCAGAAGUGAUGGCGUCAACUUCAUUUAAUAAUACUCUCACAUAUUUACUUUAAUACUCUGAUACACGCACAGACACUAUUGUACAUGUCAUAACACUAAUCACUACCCAGCCUGUCAUCUAAUUACCCUGAACCAUCAUCAACCUCCAACCUAAUUUAUUUAAUUUGCCUAAUUCCACACACUGUGCCAGGUAAUUUCCCCAAAUUGUUACCAAUCUGCCACCAAAUUUCACUAAUCCCUCCCUAGCAGACCACCUAACUUCACAAAUCUCUACCCAGAUUGCCAUGUAAUCUCCCUGCCCAGGUUGCAACUUUAUCUCACCAAUCCUUCCCCAGCCUGCCAUCUGAACUCCAUAAUCAUUUUAUCUUAAUCCCUUCCAAUCUUGCCAUCUGACUUCCCUAAUCAACCUGCAGUUUGCCACCUAAUCUUCCUAAUCCCUCCCCUCAAUGUAAUCCCUAACCAAUUCUUAGCCUGGCACUUAAUCUCUCUACUCUGUCUUUCUUACCAUAUAAUCACCCUAAUCUCUUCCUGUUUGCCUCCUAAACCUAUUAAUUCCUACCUAGUUGGCCACCUAAUCUCCCUACUAACUCACCAACCUUCCACCUAAUCUCCCUUAUAACUCGCCAACAGCCACUUAAUCUCACUAAUCCAUGCCAGUCCGUAACACGUGGACUUCUUCAGAUGCAAUCUUUGUUCACCCUUUCUGAUUAAAUUGUAUUGACAAUUGCCAGUUCUUAUGCUUUAUUGGACCUUUAUUUUGGUCCUUCCUUUUGAUUUUAAUUGGACAACCAAUAAAAAAUAAAUAUGCGUGAAGAGUCCAUUAAUGUCCAUAUAUAAAUGGUGUCUUAUAUUCACCCAUGUUCGAGUAUCUUUAUACACGUUUGUACAAUGUAUCAUGUUUAAUAAAAAUGAGUAUCUUUACGCAACAUAAAAAGUUACUUUACAUUCACGCAUGCAUAUAUACGUAUUGAAAUGAGACGGAGAGGCAAUAUACUAAACCAUGAUUAGAAGAUAUGUUUGCACUAUAUUUGGGUUUUAUGUUGUAGAUACACGUGAAAUGUUUGUUUAUUUUGGACGAAGGCUCAACACAAAUGUAUAAGUUUAAUGUUUUUUUUUUUUCUUCAAUUAAGAGAAUUGUG